GUGUCCUAACGGUACAAGCUCUAGACGCUCGGGAGUGUUUGCACACACGUCGUUAAUGAGAGAUUGAACUUCAAGUUCUUCGUCUCUUUUCACGUCAACUAUUACCCAGCGACAUAAAAUGGAACCAGGCAAGCAAGGAGUUAAAGCAGAUGGCCAGAAAUUGAAUCUCACUUUGGCUUCAAGUAAUGAGGGCUGGGACAAGGCUGUGAAUGGACAGUUGCUUCUUGAAUUUGCCAGCAAUUCAAGAGUGAAAGUGAGUGGAUUUGUACCAAAAAGCACUCAACAACAGAGAGAAGAUGCUAAGAAGUUAGGUAUAGAGCUUGUUGAUGCAAAGGAACUCCCUGGUCACUCUUCAUCAGAUCUGCUGGCAUAUCCACCUGACAGUCUUAACAUUGAUGUCCUGAUGAUACACUCUUAUGGCCGAGAUGUGGGGCGACAAGCACAAGUUAUCAAGGAGACAAAGAAGUGCAAAUGGCUUCAUGUUCUGCACACUGUAAGUGAAGAACUUGUGAAAUUUGCAGCUGAGUACGAGUCUGAGCAUGAAGUGCAGCUGGCAUUGUGCCAGAAGGCUGAUAUUGUGAUUGCAAUUGGACCCAAAGUAGCAGAAGCUUACCAAUCUGCUCUCCGCUCCAGUGGAAAGCAGAAAGACGUCAUUGACCUAACACCUGGAAUUUUUCACAACUUCAUUGGUGUGCAGCCACCACCAGUGGAUGGAGAAACAUUUCGUGUGCUAAUCAGUGGAUCAUUGAAAUAUUUCAAAAUCAAGGGAUGUGAUAUCGCCGCAAAAGCAAUCAAGUUACUGAAUACGCCAUCCUUCCACCUCGUGUUUGUUGUGAAGCCUACUGAAAAUGCUGCAGAGAUAACCCAAGCCUUACUUGGCGAGGGCAUUGAUCCUGACCAACUCACUGUGAAAGUGUCAGGGAGCAGUGAAGAUUGGACCAAGCUGCUUUGUGAGGCAGACCUUGCCAUUAAGCCAUCCAGGACAGAGGGUUUUGGAAUAAGUGGUCUCCGUGCCAUUUCUGCAGAUCUUCCUGUUCUUGUCAGUGGGAACAUUGGUCUUGGUGUUGCCCUGAAGAAGCUGCCCUCUGGAGCAAACUAUGUCGUGGAAUCUGAUGACCCUCAGGUUUGGGCCGACAAAAUGAAGGAGGUCAGAGCAAAGGACCCUGUAGCACGCAGUUUAGAAGCUGUGGUACUGAGAAAGGAAUACAAUGGCCAAUUUAACUGGAAGGAUCAGUGUGAUAAGCUAGUUGACAAAAUGUUUACUAUGAUUCCUAAAUAACUUGGGAUGUACAUGUAUAUUAACAUGUGAUCAAAGCAGACUUUAGUAGCAAAAAAGCAUUGUUAUUAUUUUGCUGUGUUUUCUUUGAAAAAUGUUACAUAAGUAGUGCUUGUCAUGGUUUGAGAGAUAGAUGUGCAGAUUUCAAAAGUACCAUGUUGUGAAAAUUGAUAUUAGUGCAGCUAUGCUUUGAAUAUCUAUAAGUUGGAGAGAAGUAUAAUAUUUCUUAGACCGUCCCCAACAUUCCGUAUUGUAUGUGUUCUAGAUAGUUCUAUGGAUGAGAGCCAACCUGUGGUUGUUGUUUGGCGUGCAUGAACAUUUGUGUGGAAAUACAACUUAUAAAGGACACUGUGGAUCUCAAUAGAGUUGCAUCUGCAUCCAUGUGACAUUUUUAAAUCAAAUUUAUAAUGCCACCUCCACUGGGGAUGAAAUGAACACGUAUUACAGAAAUGUCUGCAUAAACAAACCAAAGGCACAUCCUGUGGAAUUCACUUGUCGCUUUUAGUAAAGGAAAUCGUUUCCAGUCAGCACAGUUAUUAUUAUUCUUGUCUGUGAAUCUUAAUUUAAUAGGAUUGAUCUUUUAAAAUCCAAUUUUUUAAACAAAGGUACAUGUAGUAUAUGUUACAUUUUUUUGACUGUAAAACACACUGUAUUGUGAACAUUGGAUUCUUGAUUGAUUUCGAACUUAGAAUUGUUGGGUUUUUAUGGAGGGAGGAAACCAAGCUGGAUCCAGGAUUCAUGUGACAUGGUGGAGAGGCUAGCACACUCACUAAGUGCUGUGCCCUCCCUUCAGCCCCUCUGUAGAUGUAAGUAGCCAUUAUAUCAUUUUUGUGGUCAGUGAAAAUUUAAGGUCGAAUGUUUGUAGCUCAAUGGGAAUAAGUAACAUCAAGUUAUUUUCAGGUUAAUGCAUCUCUCAGAGUUUGGCUAAAAGCCAUCUUGAUUCUCAUUAUGUAUGAUUUUAUGUAUGAAUGAAUCAUUGCUUUAACUGAUAACAAUUUAUAUCAGCCAAUCAGAUAUCACUCUUGGAUGGGGAUAAUAAAUAUUGAUAGACAUGACAAAAGCAACUUCUCUCUUUACUCAUUUUCCUUUUGUCCUGAUUGUCUGAAUGCCUCCUAGCAUUAGUCAAUUUAAUAAUAAAUUUAGUUUAUUCUUACAUUGAAAUAUUUUUUCUUGAAUCUGUUGACUGAACUACAUGAGCAAAGCUGCAUGCAGAUUGAAGUGCUACAUGACAAUAAAACUUUUUGUGUUUAAU